AUGCCCAGCGGCAGAACCCUCCCCAGGCGCUCACCUCCCGCAAGGACUUUGACCGUCACCGCUGAUUGGGCCAUCGCCCAUUGUUUUUCUGGCGUCCUGGCAACACGCACCUCGAACUUGGGCCCCACGGCGCUGGAGAAAACGAACCAAGCUUGGAAUGACUGGCGCAUACAAUUGACCCUGCAGGUCGUUGAUGUGGCUUUGUCUUUUCAAAUCCUAUUCUCGCGACUCAACAUCACAUCUCAGUCCAAUUUCAUACUCCCCUUGUCACAGCACGUCUCGAUAUCCAUCAUGUCGCAAGAUACAGGCCUGUGGAGUGUGCGCCGCCCAAGAGAGACUCUGGGGGGCAUUAGCCACAAUACUGCGAUCCCGCACCCCACCUCCGCAAUGAAGCGAUCGCAGUCCUCCUUCGGCGGCGCGCCGUACUCGUCGAGCCACUCUCGCUCUAUCUCGGGAUCUAGACAGUCCCUGGCAUUACCGAGGCCACCUCAGCCCAUGUUCGCGCGCUCCUCGUCAGGUGGCAAUCUGGCAGAUCUCGGCGGAUCCUCCGCCAAGCGCAUGUCCUUCCAGCCCCAGAGCACCAGCACCAUAAAGUCGUACACGCCUUCAAACAUACCAGGUCGCGCAUCCAGCGGAGCUGAGCGAAGGAGCAGUGUUUACCGCGCAAGAACAUCCACACACGCCCACAUGGGAGGCCACCAGAGCUUCUUCCAACAGGCACCACAACCAGCAGGUGUACCGCGCGACCCACGGCCUCUGAGGGACAGAGCGUUCCAGGCGAGGAUCGGGCAGGAGCUGCUAGACUACCUUGCUCAGAACAACUUUGAAAUGGAGAUGAACUACUCUCUGUCGCCAAAUGUCAUGAAAUCUCCGACCCAGAAGGACUUUGUCUACAUGUUUCAAUGGUUGUACCACCGCAUCGACCCGAGCUACAAAUUCCUAAAAAACAUCGACCAAGAGGUGCCACCGCUGCUCAAACAACUCCGCUAUCCCUACGAGAGGAGUAUAACCAAGAGCCAGAUUGCCGCUGUGGGUGGGCAAAACUGGUACACAUUUCUGGGAAUACUACACUGGAUGAUGCAGCUGGCACAGAUGUUGGACGCAUACUCAGCCAAUCGCUACGAGGAGGCAUGCGCCGAGGCCGGGGUCGACGUGACUGGCGAUCACAUCAUUUUCGACUUCCUGAGCAAGGCUUACAGGAACUGGCUCGACAUGGAUGACGACAUAGGCGACGAAGAGGCAGAGAAGGUCCUGGCACCACACGUGCAGCAGAUGGCCGAAGCGUUCGAGGGCUCGAAUUCAAAAUACCAACAGGAGCUGCAAAUGCUCGAAUCUGAGAACCAACGGCUUCAGCGAGAAGUUGAAGAGUUGGAGAAAAGCACCCCAGACCCGGCACUGCUUGAUGAUCACCACAGGAUCAUGGAGGAGGACUGUGAAAAGUUCGAAGAGUACAACACCCUGGCUAUGCAACGAUCGGAGAAGUACGAGAGCCGUAUACAAGUCCUGCGAGAGGAGCUUGAAAAAACGAUGAAGGAAGUGCAUGAGGCUGAGGAUGAGCGGAGAGGCUUGCAGAAAGUAGUUGACGACCAAGGUAUAAGCAUGGCGGAUAUCGACCGCAUGACUUCGGAACGGGAGCGACUACAGAAAGGCAUCGAAUCAGCCAGUCAGCGGUUGGAUGAGGUCAAGAAGAAGGUCGCAGAAAAAGAAGUCGAGGCCAGCAGGAAACUCGACGAUCUCGAGCGUACGGUGGACCGAUACAACACGCUGGCUUACCAGAUCGGUCUCAUACCCUCCACCUCCGUCAACGCAAAAGGUCAAGACUACGAGCUCAAGGUCACAGUCAAUGAAGGACCCAACUUCACGGCAUCACAACUUAAGGGCUCGUUCGGUGAUGCCUUCGAGAAUGAGCGUCUCCUUGCCGACCCUCACACAGGCUAUCAGCCUGCACACAUCCUCAACCUAGACCUCCGGGGUCAAGUUAAGAACGCCUUUCUCGCUCUGCGAAAGGAGAUCUCGGAGCGUCGCAGCCAUUCCAUGGACACGAUGAUGAAGGACCACGAGUUGCUGGACAACAUCAAGGAGGCGAUGGAAGACAAGCGAAACGAGGUGGAGGCACUGGAGCACCGGGUGCGCGCGGCCGAGGAAGAGCAUGAGAAGACUAAGGAGGUCACCAACACGCAACGCAUGGCCUCGGAUACACAAAUUGAGAAGAUGGAGAAGGAGCUCGCCAAGAUGCGAUCCAACCUGUCGGAGAGCGUGCAGCUGAUGGAGCAGAGGGAGAUGAAUGUCAAUAUUGAGUACGAGCAACUCACCAUCCGAGCGAACGCCCUGAGGGAGGAGCUCCACACCGAAAUCACGCGCAUGCUCAACGAUGUCAUCAAAUUUAAGAUGCAUGUCCAGAAGAGCAUGGAGGACUACGAGGGCUUUGUCACGGACGAACUCGAGAAGGAGCUCGCGAGUGAGGGUAUGCCCGAGGACAAGGGCGACGAUGAGUAG